AUGGCUUCUUCCAAUAGGACCAGGCGGAUUGCCAAAGAGAUCGCCGAUAUCCAAAACGACCAACUCUCCAAGAUUGUUGUCGAGCCCGCAGGAAAUGGCGAUGACCUCACACAUCUCAAGGGCCAGUUCUACGGGCCUCCAGACACGCCGUACGAGGGCGGCACAUUCCAAGUAGACAUCAAGGUCCCUAGCGAAUACCCCUUCCGGCCGCCUGUCAUGCGCUUCGAGACCAAGAUCUGGCACCCCAACGUCAGCUCUCAGACAGGCGCCAUCUGCUUAGACACGCUAUCGUCACAAUGGUCGCCAGUCCUGACCAUCAAGUCCGCCCUUAUCUCUCUCCAGUCCCUGCUGAGCACACCCGAGCCAAAGGAUCCACAAGACGCCGAAGUCGCGGGAAUGCUGAUACGGAAUCCGGCUGAAUUCGAACACAAGGCGAGGGAGUGGUCAGUCAUGCAUGCGGGAGCACCGAAGAAGGAAAUUGCCGAAGGUAGCGGAGGUGCCACGGCAGAGUCGAUCAAGAAGAAGCACAUGCAGGCCAAGGAGAAUGAAGAGAAGGUCAAGAUGGCAGCAUACCACGGAUACAACAAGCAACUCGUCGACCGCUUCGUCGCCAUGGGCUUCGAUGUCGAGGCUGUCGUCGCCGCAUUCGAGUACGUCGGCAUCGACAAGAUGGGUGGCGAGGACUACGAACUCGAGGAGGCUUACAUGGGCGAUAUCACUGCUCGUCUCUUUGGUGAGGCGUAAGCACUUCGCUGAAAUGAACACUGCAAUCUCUACCGCUACCCUAUACACACUGCCACGAGCGAUUGACGUGCAAGACGAGACAGGAAGGAAUGGGAAGGAGUCAACCCACUGGCGUUUUUUGAUUAUGUCUGGUUCAUCAUCGGCGGCGUCGGUUUCGGCCUUUUGUUGGCUUUCGACGUACGGUGCACGUCUACGGAGUUUGGGAUAUCAUGGCUCAGAUAAUGAGCUUGAGUGCGACGGCUGUCCUUUGAUAUGUGAAUUAGACAUUUCAAAACACUGCUGAUUCUUUUCUUACGUUUCUUCUUGGACUGACGAAAGUAUUGCCCAAAUGUUGCUGCGAAGGACGAAAGUGCUACGCUUUACUGUUAACGAUGCACUAUAUGUGGUCCAAGACUACAUUGUUCUUGCCCAAUUGAAGAGAUUGUACAAUCGGCAUCAUAUAUAGGCCGAGGGUAA